AAGCAAGCAAGCAAGCAAGCAAGCAUGAUGAUCCGGACCGCCCUCACCCGCACGGCGCAGCCUGCGCUCGCCUCUGCUGGCCUCCGCACCGCCGCAGGCUCCGUGCGCGCCAAGCACACGCUCCCGGACCUGCCCUACGACUUUGGCGCCCUCGAGCCGUCCAUCUCUGGCCAGAUCAUGGAGCUGCACCACCAGAAGCACCACCAGACGUACGUCAACGGCCUCAACACCGCCGAGGAGCAGCUGCAGGAGGCUGUGGCCAAGAACGACGUCAAGAAGGCGCUUGCCGUGCAGAAGGCCCUGAACUUCAACGGCGGUGGCCACAUCAACCACUCGCUCUUCUGGCAGAACCUGGCGCCGCAAAAGGCCGGCGGCGGCGAGCUGCACGCAGGCCCGCUCAAGGAGGCCAUCGAGCGCGACUUUGGCAGCCUCGACAACCUCAAGGCCAAGUUCAACGGCCAGAUUGCCGCCAUCCAGGGCAGCGGCUGGGGCUGGCUCGGCUACAACCCCACCAACGGCAAGCUCGACAUUGUCACGACGGCCAACCAGGACCCGCUCCUGUCGCACGUGCCCCUCAUCGGCGUCGAUGCCUGGGAGCACGCCUUCUACCUCCAGUACCAAAACGUAAAGGCCGACUACUUCAAGGCGAUCUGGAACGUCAUCAACUUCAAGACGGCCGACGAGCGCCUCAAGCAGGCGCAGUCGCAGUAGGCUUGUUUACAUGUAUUGCGUGGCAGAAGGUAGAGCGAUGAUGGAAUGGCCAUUGAACCACGUCCCUCGGCGAGGGUCGAGUGGUGUGAGAUGAAAAGAGAGGAAAAAUUGAAUGCGCAAGGGCAAGGGCAGGGCAUCGAAGUGAGGAUGGCGAGUGCAACGUCGACAAAGUUCAGAAAAGAUCGCAGGCAGAAGAGGAGGGGAGAGCGCCCCCCGCAAGGCGAGCCAAUCGAGCCGUAGCUCUAACGUGGAAGGUCUGUGCGACCGUGCCAAGCACCGCUCUCCCAUCGCCUGCUCUUGACGAGACGGGCGAAAGGUAGAGGUAAAGA